AAAGUGACUGUCGUUAUGGAGAGGGAAACAUUUUAAGAAAUGACACUAUCAUUAUCAAACCACACGACUCAUUUUACAAAACAAGAGCGACCCCCACCCUUCAAGAAACCACGGUCAAAGUUCACAGGAAGCUGGGGGGCUGCCAUUUUUCCCUGCUGCUACUGCUAACGUUUCACGGUAGAUGCUAAACCGACGGGGAGCGGCGGUUGGUUUUGGGGGUUUUUUAUAGCUAGCUGGCGUCAACGACUUGAAAUCGUUACGCACACAAUCCAUCAUUUCUCCGACCGUUGCCGCUAACCACCGCUGUUAUUGGAUGAAUUCGGCAUGGAGAAAGUAGCGGAGCCGUCUUGGACUUCUUCGUACACCUACCAGGUGAGCAAGCACAGUGCGGAGAUGCUACACAACCUCAACACGCAGAGGAAAGAUGGAGGCAGGUUCUGCGAUGUGAUCCUACGCGUCGGCGAGGAGAGCUUCCCUGCCCACAAGGCUGUGUUAGCGGCGUGUAGCGAGUACUUUGAGUCGGUGUUCAGUCGCCAGUCGACGGAGGGCGACGCCAAGGAGCUGGAGAUGCACACGAUCAGCCCCAAAGUUUUUAAAGAUAUCCUGGACUUCGCCUACACCUCCAGGAUCGUGGUGCGACUAGAGUGCUUCCCAGAGUUGAUGACAGCCGCCAAGUUUCUGCUGAUGCGGUCGGUCAUCGAGAUAUGUCAGGAGGUCAUCAAACAGUCCAACGUACAGAUCCUCGUACCGACAACCCGGGGAGGAGACGCCAGCCUGUUCCAGGCCACGGAGGCCACGGAGCUGGGUUUCCCGGUGGCUCAGCAGGAUUUGGUAAACGGAUCGGGGCUGCUGGUGAACGGUCAAACCUUUGCCAGUAAUGCACAGAUGCAUGUAGAUGGGAGUGAAGCCGCCGCCGCCGCCGUGUUAUUAGAGGACGGGGGCGAGUCGUCGGUGCCGAUCUUACAGCCGGUGGAAGGACUGUCCGUGUCCCCGCCAGCGGAACUAACGGGGAACACAUUUCAUCACGACGCUGGCUCCCCGGGGUCGAAGAAGAGCAGGGGGAGACCAAAGAAAGCUGGUGGAGUAGUGGAGGCUGUGCACUUUAAUCACAGCAAAGACAAUGGACUGUUUCCGUGCGGGACCUGCGGGAAAGCUUUCACGGAGGCUUCCCGUUUGAAGAACCACGAGGCUCAACACGGAGCCUCGACCGGCGGGGUAAACAACGUCGGUGACGGCUUGUCGACACCGGGCGGCAUCAGCCUGCUGUCUCAGGCCGGUCUGGCCGAGAACGGCAUGCAGCUACACGGGGGGCUGACGCUGGACAGCGGCCGCAAGCGGGAGAGGACCAGGAGGCACGUCGGCUGUGACAUUUGCGGGAAAGUUUUCCGCGACGUUUACCACCUAAACCGACACAAGCUCUCCCACUCCGGGGAGAAGCCAUACGCGUGCCAUGUGUGCGGUCUCCGGUUCAAACGCAAGGACAGGAUGUCAUACCAUGUGCGGUCCCACGACGGCUCGGUUGGCAAACCCUAUGUGUGCCAAAGCUGUGGGAAGGGUUUUUCAAGACCGGACCACCUGAACGGACAUAUCAAACAAGUUCACACAACCGAGAGACCCCACAAGUGCCAGAUUUGUAACGCCUCUUUUGCAACACGAGAUCGCCUCCGGUCACACCUCGCAUGCCACGAGGACAAAAUCCCGUGCAAAGUGUGUGGCAAGUUCCUGCGAGCUGCGUACAUGACAGACCACCUCAAGAAACACAGUGAAGGAACCCAUAACUACUGUGGCAUUUGCAACAAAGGUUUCUCCACUGCGUCCUACCUUAAGGUGCAUAUAAAGACACACCAUGGCUCUCCACUGUCCCCCUCUGCCACAUUGCACACCUUCCCUGAGCCAAGGGGGGAACUGCAGAUGCACAACGGCACCCCUUACCACAUGGGACGCCAGUGCUCAGUGGAAGACCUGUGCGCCAGUCGCCAGCUGCUUCUCACCUCGCCUGAGGCAGAGGGUCGCUUUCACGGGCUCUCUGGACACCCGGUUCUCCCCCAGCCGGGCCCUCCAGCCUCUGGCCUGCAGCCUGAGCUGCUUAUAGGGAAGCCAGGUGGGGCUCCAUAUUUCUGGGAGUGUCGCUCGGGUGGGGUGCCGGGCUUCCCCGUCCAUGGGCCUGUCGCAGACGGACAGGAAAACUCUGGGAAAUGUCCUCACCUGGAAUCAGAAGAAUCGGAUCCUUCAUUUGGAGAGUUGUCCAAUGGCGACGAGCUUAAAUCUCCACACAAACCUGACGGGCCGGACCUUGAGAUGCCCUCUUUAGCCUGUAAUGGAGCCUCUGCAGGGACCUUAGGGUCUCCAGAGGGCUCCAAAGCCAAGACGGACCCUGAGAAGAAGUUCACCUGCGGCAUCUGCGGUCAGGCCUUCCGCACCAAGUCCUACCUCAACAAGCACCAGCACAGAGUACACAAAGCCCAGAAAGCCCAGGGCGUUUCAGGGUCCGGCUUAAAUGAGCUGGCCCCGUCCCUCACCUCCCCUUUCUCUCCUCAACAAAACAUGUCUCUGCUCGAGUCCUUUGGCUUUCAGAUAGUCCAGUCCGCUUUCGCCUCCUCGCUGGUGGAUGCCGAGGCUGGUCAAAGCGGGAUGGACUUCGGAGGGAAGUGACGUAUUUGCUAGAGAUUUAGCAAAGCCUCGAAUUUUUAGGACAAAGCCGGGUUGCCCACAGAAGACGCUCUUGUAUUUGAGAAUAACUUUGCCUCAAGACUACUUUUCCGUUCGUUACAUUGCUUAAUGUGUAUCCAAUAUUUUUGUCACAGACUGCCAUAUGAUUCCUACUUUUUCUACUUUUUUCAGAGUAUGAAGAGUGCGUACGCUGUGUUUUCGUUUCUAAAGAAAUGACAUGAAGGUUGUGUUUCCUUUAUCAGAUGUGGAUGUUGAAGUUGACGUUUGGUAGGCUCUGAGUUUAUUUUUUUGACUCAUGUGUCGUUGAGCUUUUCUUAGCUGCACAUGUGUUUCUUGACAUGAGAUGAAUUGAUUACUAUAUCCUUAAAAAGAGUAAUUGUUGUCUAUUUGCCCACUUUAACUGCUCUGAUGUUCUCUCUUUAAAUCGACCCAUUAUAACUGUUUUAACGCUUCAUUUUCCUCGCUGCCCCAAGGCAUCUUUACCUCAGAGCAACAAGAGGGCUGAAUUUAUCUAUUUAUGUUGUUCUCUCUUCUUUCAAGGAGGAUUUAGAUUUUCUUAAGAACAGGGAUUUAAAUUGGCCUCAGUUUUCUUCGCAGAUUUUUCUUUGAAUCUCUUCAUUGCGAG